UAGACUGCAUGUCUCGCGAAAGUCAAACUUAUUGUUACUUUAAAAAGAAUUUUCGUUUUGAGGACAAAGUGUUUGACUAAAAAAAGACCGAAAGUUUUUCUGAAGACAUACUUUUUAAUACUUUGUUUAAAUCUCUUUUGAUUAUCUGCUAAUCCUGUAAUCAAUACUAUCAUAUAAUGCCGACAACGAAAAAACCAAUGACGAGAUCAACUACUGUGGCGGCGACGGCCGAGACAGUGACCACCGAUACCARUGACCUAACAAUUCAGUACACAAACGAAGAGAUUUCWUCGGCCGAAACGUUGGUCUCUAUUAUGAACAGUGCCGACGGCGGAGAUCUAAUCAGUAAUGUGAUGACCAACGAUAAAUCCAUCUUUGAUGAGGUAGUGAUUGCCGGCAGAGACAAUAUGUUGGACAGCUGUGAUACCGCUGCGACAGAAACUAUCGGUACUGACAACRAAUCACUAAAUGACMAGAAAUAKGACAAUUCAUUGUCUACGGAAACUCCUGACCCACGAGUACUUCACAUCGAGUCUCCACCGAAAUACGUGAACAUUCAGGCCAUUAGUUCAGUCUCUGCUACGCAACAGCCACCGCCGUCGACAAGAUUACCGAUGAUGACCUCUCAGAGCUACGGCGGUUACGGCUACUAUCCGAUGGAUCCGUACAGCUAUUUGCCGUACUAUUCUAUGUAUUCUAUGUCUGCACCGCCACCGAUGCACACUAUGGGARCACCGGCACAGACAGUGCACCCGAACUAUGGACCGAUGCCUCCAAUACAGGCCAAUACCGCUCCCAAUGCUAACAGUCGUCAGUGUCCGUACUGUUUGGCCACAAAUUCAGCAAAUACUCAUAAAAUCUAAUUAUCAUAUUAUUCGUAUCGUUAUUACUAAAACAAGUUACCGUAUUUAUUAAUACUGUUAAUUUAAUUUAAUGUAUUUAAUAAAUAAAUAAUUUAGCAAUUUAUUU